ACUAGAGAACCAUUGGAAAAACGUAGUCGGCAUGCCUCACGAGAUAGUGUGGGAAGUGUUAAUGAGGAGGUGCAUCAGUUAAUUGGUGGACGUAUUGUUGGUCAGCCAAUAUACAUUCAGAUAAAACGAAACGAUGAUGGCACUUCAAGUAAUAGAAGGACUCUUGUGGUACAGGGUGCGGUUGAAGGAACAAGGCUUGUACAACUGAGACCACCUUUUACUGUUUCAACAUCGAAUGAUGGGCAGCAACGUUUAGUCAGGGAAGAUACAUUGGAAAGUGGAAGUCGAAAUAAUACUGUGAGAAUCGUUUCCCAUCUUUCCACUGGACAGCAUGGCGGGGAAUUACAUCAGGAAAGGCAUCAUGCAGCAACCGAAACUAUUGGGAGUGUUGGAUCAACUGUUAUGAGUGAAACGUCUCUGAUGCACCGCGAUACGAAUGGACUGCGCUCAAGGACAGAAUCGGCAUGUGAGAGUUUACUUGCACCUACUUCAACAGCUAGACAACCAAGUCGCCUAACUGGGGGCUAUCAAAUACAUCAUCCUAGCCAGCAGAAAAGGGACUUUGUGAAUAGUUCUGUACCCACAGUAACUCCACAACGUAUUGGUACUGUAACUGCAUUUACUCGUUUGACUCGCGAUGUCAAAGUACGAAACGCUAGUGAUACUGCUCAAGAUGUAGAACAGGUUGUUAUAUUCAGGAAACGUUAUCAUUCUCCAAAUUCGCCAACUAGUGGACGAUUGCCGGCUACAACUGUGGAAAUGGGUAAUGUCGCUGUAAGUAAUCGUAAUGUGCAUCAACAGCAGCAACAUUUGGCUUCUCAGAAUGAUUUUGAUAUGACGUUGCGAGAUUCUUCAGGCCUAAAUAUCGUCGACAUGCACCAUUCAAGUCCAACGAAGUUCACGACGUCAAACGGUGAUGUCAUCAGCUUCAGUACUGUGUUGCAUAACAUCGAAAGUCAAAAUUCGGUAAAGCGUAUCAGUUUGGAUAUUUCGCCGCCCGGUUCUUCAACACAAGCGGUUAUUAUAGACGAAAGGAACUUAUUGGAACAUGAUGCUGUUAGUGCUGCGGAAGUGGAAGCGCGGAUUGCGAAGAAGGUUGCACUGUUGGAUCAGCCAGUCCGAGAAUUCACGACUAAGCCAGGAAAUCCUCAGUUACUGGUAACUCCUCGACCUGUUGUGGCACAUCGUCCAUCGUUUAUUUCUAACAUUGACGAUACGAAUAACAAUGUUGCAGCAGCUGCUGCUCGUGAUGCUAAGAUAAGUCAUAUUGUGUCACGACAGCAGCAACUGUUUGAUAAUGCAUGCAACUCAGCUAUGGGUUCACCAGUACCUUUUACUUUAAACAGCCCUCUAAUAACUCCACGCAGUACACCAGUGCCUGCUGCAAGUUCAACCCUUGGUACUCCAGUCCCUGGCGUGCGUAUACCAUCCAGAGGACCGUUGACUGAUGAAGAAUACUCGAGCAUUGUUCAGAAUGUGAUCACUGCUUCUAGCGGUUCAUCCGGUUCAGCGGAUCAAGCACUGUUGAAAGAAGUUUCGAAUCAGUUUUUGAAUUAUUUCAAUGAAAACAGUCGUUCUCCACAUAACGGCACGUUUCCACUUCAGAGUUCUUCGGAUACGCGAUCGGAUUCAUCUGCUUCAAAUAUAUCGGUACCUGGUGUCAUUUCCCUUUCAACACCUCCAACAAAUGCUUUAAUCACGUCCCAAACGCCUACGGCUACAUCGCCGAUAGCAGAUUCAACUACUAGCAAUGAACAAUUAUCAAUGCGUGCAUUGCCGGAUUCAACCACAAGCGAUUUACGUCAAGUAGGAAAUAGGCCAAGUUCGUCGCCAACUCCUUCAUCUGUUAGCGGUUCUACGUCAUCAACGUCUAAUUCUUAA